AUGACGGCGGGAUCCCUGGACGCGGAGAAGACCAAGGAGGCCUGCGCCGAGGUGCUGAAGAUCGGCAAGGACGCCCGCGCCCGCACCCGUGCGGGAGAUAGCACGAGGAAGGGGUGCCCGGCAGCCUCCCAGGAGGCGGCGGAGCUCGGCGCUCCUGCGGCCGACCGCCAGCUGGCCCUCGCCCCCGCCGUCACGGGCGCCAGACGCGAUCGACUCGAGCCGAUCGAGUCAGCGAGCUCGGAGCUGCUCGCGUCGGGGCGCGGGGCCGCUGGCCCGGGCCCGGCGGCGGCGCAGUGCGCGCUGGACGGGGACGUGGCCCUCCGCGGCAUGCACGUGUGCCGUGCGUACGACGCCGAGGAGCUGCACUCCACCGUCAGGGAGCUCGGGCCGUUCCUCGGUGCGCGCCCCGGAGUCCGAGCCCUCGUGGUCGAUCCCCACUCCAUCGCAUUCUGCUUUCGUGGCGACCUGGUGCCGAACCUGCCCCAGAGGGCCAGGGUUCUAGACUUCGCGGCCCUGCUGAAGAGGUACAGCACAGAGUACGGCUUGGUCGUGGUCGUCACUAACCACAUGACCACCAGGUUCCACCGUGGCAGCGACAGCGGAUGGCUGGCGCCCGCGCUGGGGGAGACGUGGGGGCACCAGCCCAACACGCAGCUGCAGCUCGAGAGGGUCUGCCAAAGCGCGAUGGCCAGCAGCCCCCUGGGCGUGGCGACCAUCACGAAGUCCGCCGAGCUCGCCGCUGGCCGCCGGUGUCACUACUGCAUCAGCGCAGCGGGAAUCCGCGACGCAGAGCCGCAGGCAGCUGACCAGGAGGCCGCGGUCGCCAAGUGGGCGCAGCUGGGGGCCGCGCAGCUGCCCCCGCUGGGGCGGCCGGCGGCAGCAGCGCUGGCCGCCUUCUAG